AAACUCCACGUAUACCCGUUAAUUGUGAGCUAUCGACGCAAUGGCAGACUUCGUCAAGGGUCUCUUCGGGGGGCAGAAGCCUGUGCAGGCUCCAGCUGCAGGCGAUGAUGACUUCGCCGACUAUGCGGGCGCCCCUGAACCCACGCCAGCAGCCAUUUCGCCUUUGACGACCGGUACUGGCGCAGCGCAAGCGGCUCCUACAUCUCUCGGCGCGAACCGACCGUAUACCGCGUGGUACCGCGUGUGGGAGCGCACGACCAAAGAUGACUUCCAGCUGGAGAUGUACAUCCUGCCCUUCAUCUUCGUGCUUGUCGCUGUGCAUCUCUGGGGCACCAAGCGCAACCGCAGCAAGGCCAAGGCAUGGAUGAAGGCGCACGCACCUGUGCUGACGCAGGAAUUCGCCCAGGUCGGCUACAGGCGCCCGCAGUCUGAGCAAUCGGUCGCAAAUGUGGACAGCAUGCUCAAGGAAAAGAAGGCCGACGAAUACCAGACUUAUGCGACUGGACGCCAGAAUGUGGCUUUUGUGGAUAUCAAGCUGUCUAUGGCCAAGUACUUCAACCCCUUCCUGUGGGUGGGCGAGAACAUGCUUCCCCUCUUCUUCGAGAGCUUUGCUCCUCCUGUCGAGCGUAUCGAGGCGGUUGCAUAUGCUUUCGAUGGGCGCGAGACCAAGAUUGCGCCAUCGUACGGCCAGGGCGACGCCAAGAAGGUGACCAACAGCACUUUUGACGGGUUCGUGUUUGCUGUGGUACACAAGGAUAUGAUGAAGCGUAUGCGUGACGAGCGAUACGACCUGUCUUUGACGACCACGCGCGACAACGCCAAGUUGCCUGUGUGGACGACGGUCAUGAGCGAGAGCGCAGAGGUUACGGAUUUGCUGCUCACUCCUGAGCUUAUCAAGGCGGUUGAGCAGGCUGGCGACAACUUUGAGGCCAUCAUUGUCAGCGACCAGCCUGUUGACGCACCCAAGACUCUCGACGAAACCAAGCCCCGCAAGCGCCUCCACCUGUCGCUCAAAUACGCCUCUGACUACGAGACGACGAUGCCGCUGUUCCAGUACUUCCUCCGCCUGCCCGACCAGCUUGCUUCGUCUGCGCACUUCCGCCCAGAAGCCCUCCGCCGCAUCAAGCAAACGCGCGAGGAGCAAAUUGCCAAGAUCCGCAAGGCUGAUGACGAGGAAAAGGCCGAGGAGCGCAAGCUGGCUCUCGACAAGCUCAAGAAGGAGCAGCGUGAUGCCAAGCUUGGACGGUUGAGUGCCGAUGAGCAGAGGAAGUUUUUGGAAAAGGAGCGUGAGAAGAGUGCUCGCAAGGGGAUGAAGAGGAGUACUGUUAAAGCGUGAUUGGAUUGCUUUGGUAGGACUUUGGGAUUUGGGGGAUUAGGAAUUGGGUUGGGUGAAGGGUUGGCGGUUGGCGGUUGGACAGGGUAUGUCUGGAUGGCUUUAUGAUGUGGUCAUGUGGGAUGGGUGGAAUGGAUGGAAGGGAUGGAAUUGGAUGAUGUACAAGUAUCACGCGAGAUUUGCAUGUGUAUGAAGAAAAG